GUGACCUUAACAAGGACAAGUUGUGUAGACACAGGAAUUUCAAAAUCAAGAGGGGGGCUGGGUGAGAUAGUGGAGGCAUAAAAGGACCAGCAGGUGACCCCACAGCACUGCACUUCCAGAGGCAAGAAGGACCAAAGAUGAGGGCCCUGGGAGCUGUUGUCACCCUUCUGCUCUGGGGACAGCUUUUCUCUGUGGACGCUGGCAAUGAUGUCACGGAUUUUGCAGAUGACAGCUGCCCAAAACCCCCCCAGAUUGAAAAUGGCUAUGUGGAGCACUUGGUUCGCUAUCAGUGUAAGAAAUUCUAUAGACUACGCACGGAGGGAGAUGGAGUGUACAGCUUAAACAGUGAGAAGCAAUGGGUAAAUAAGGCCACUGGAGAGAAACUUCCUGAAUGUGAAGCAGUAUGUGGAAAGCCUACGACUCCAGUGAAGCAGGUGCAGCGGAUCCUGGGGGGAUCACUGGUUGCCAAAGGCAGCUUUCCCUGGCAGGCAAAGAUGAUCUCCCGCCAUAAUCUCACCACGGGGGCCACACUCAUCCAUGAACAAUGGCUCCUGACCACGGCUAAGAAUCUCUUCCUGAAUCACACAGAGAACGCGACAGCAAAAGACAUUGCCCCAACUUUAAAACUCUACGUGGGGAAGGCACAGCUCGUGGAGAUUGAGAAGGUGGUUUUCCACCCCAACUUCUCUGACAUAGACAUUGGACUCAUCAAACUCAAACAGAAAGUGCCUAUCACUGAGACAGUGAUGCCCAUUUGCCUGCCUUCCAAGAACUAUGCAGAGGAGGGGCGCCUGGGAUACGUGUCUGGUUGGGGGCGGAAUGCCAACUUUAGGUUUACUGACCAUCUGAAGUACGUCAUGCUGCCUGUGGCUGACCAGGAAAAAUGUGUGAAACAUUACGAAGGCAGCACAGUGCCUGAAAAGAAGACACCGAAGAGCCCUGUAGGGGUACAGCCCAUACUGAAUGAGCACACUUUCUGUGCUGGCAUGACCAAGUAUCAGGAGGACACCUGCUAUGGCGAUGCUGGCAGUGCCUUUGCCAUUCAUGACCAGGAGCUGGACACCUGGUAUGCGGCUGGGAUUCUGAGCUUUGACAAGAGCUGUUCUGUGGCUGAGUACGGUGUGUACGUGAAGGUGCUCUCCCUAAUAGACUGGAUUACAAACAUCAUAGCCAGUAACUAAGAUGAGGCUGGUUGGAAGCCCUUGCUCUAAAGCAAGACACUACCCGAGAAGAGGGAGAAGUGGAUGGCAUGGGUGGGGUAAGACCUAGCCUGAAGCUGAUGGGUGCCUGCACUGCUGAGUCAACCAAUAAAAAGUUCUUGACUCGUU